AUGGUCCGUAUUCGCUGUUGCAGUAAAGCAGAGAAUGGCAGGCCGCAGAUCACAUUACAACCCGCUUUGGCAAGUUUAAGGUCAAAGAGACCCGCCCGCCCUUCGGUCCAUUUAUCGCGCCAUGCUGGGGACCACGUUCGACUUUGUCCACCGCACUUCGCAAUCAGCGAAGCAUCUACGGAUACCACCGAGCGCAUUGAACGACCGUCUUGGCAGGAAGACUCUUGGCAUCGGCCCUCGGACAUUACUUCGGCGAAGUUUUUUUUUUUCUUCAAGUUUUUUUUCUGUCUUCAAUUUUCCCACUCUGUCUCAAUGUCCCAUCUCCUCUGCUGCCGCAAAUAG